AUGUGUUCUGUAGACAACCCACGUAAUUGUGCCUACAGCAAGAAGCUUCGGAUGAGGCAUAAUCCUAACCUUUCCCGUUACUCCCUUUUCCUGCAGGGGAUGGAGGAAGAAUUCCAGUUCCUGUUGUGUGAGAAAUGCCACAGGGAACCCCAAGACCCCAAGCUCCUCUCCUGCCUCCAUACCCUGUGCUCCGAAUGCGUCGCGGAAUCCAAGCCCGUCGGCCACUGCCCGGUGUGCCGGGUUCCCGUCCCCCGCUUCCAGGACAACCUCCUCUUCACGCACCUGCAGGCCAACUUGACCACUUACCAGCAGAUCGCCGCCGGCAAAGGCUUGCUGUGUUCCCGUUGUAAAGUGGAAGCGGAGUUCUGGUGCUCCGAAUGCAAGGAGUUCCUCUGCGUGAGGUGCUAUGACGCCCAUCAGUGGUACUUGAAGCGGAACAGCCACGAGGCCCAGAAGAUCAGUGACGUGAAGGUGGAUUCGGCCACCAGGUUCCUGGCGGGGGCACAGAAAUCGUGCAUCCUCUUCUGCUCCAAUCCUGCCCACAGUAACCAGGGUCUGAUUUCAAACAUCUAUUGCCGCCAGUGCUGCAGGCCCCUGUGUUGUUCCUGUGCCGUCUUGGACGGCGAACACUCCAAAUCCUACUGUGAUAUCAGCGUGGAGAUCCAGCAGAGGAAAGAGGAGCUGGGGAAGAUGAGCGAGGAGCUGCGGGAGAAGGAGCAGUGCUACGAACAGACCUACGCCGACCUCCAGCAGCGGGCCCUGCAGCUGGAGUCGAUGUGGAAGGAGACCCAGGACCUGAUCCAGGAGAAAGUGGAGGAGAUGAUCCGGUGGAUCCGGCAGAAGGGGGACCAGUUACUGGAGGGCGCGGAGAAGCGCAUGCACAAGGAGCUUCAGGACGGCCAGGCAAACCUGCGGGACAUGGAGCGCAUGCUCGGCCGGAUGAGGACCGGCAAGCAGCUGGUGGAGAAGAUGAGCAGCUUCGCCUCUGACCAGGAGGUGAUGGACAUGCACCCGUUCAUCAAGCAGUCGCUGGAGGAGCUCAAGAGGGAGAGGAUGCCGAUGGCGGGGCAGAAGAUCCAGACGAUGAACUUUGAAGAGAUCAGAACGAAACUCUGGGCUUUCUGUAGGAAAGUGAUGGGGAUUAAAGAUGGGGCCUCCACCAGCUACGUGCCUUCUUCUGCUCAGGCGCACAACACGACCCCGUCCAUAACCAUCCUGAGGAAGCGACCUCUGGACCAGUGUGAAAAAUCCACCCAGGCCUCUCCCAAGAUGCCGAAGCACGAAGCCCAUGACAGCCAGGAGGGAGAAACCUCUGCCGGGCACAUCCAGGACGCGGCGAUUUGCCCUCCGUGCGCCCACGAAAUGUCCCUGGAGAGAGACCAGAGAGUCAUCAACAACUCGGACGACGCGGACCAAUCUUUCCUGGAGGUCUGCGAAUCGGAAGUCACCAGUAUAGUGAUCAGCAGUUCGGACGACACCGAUGCUGAGAACAUGGCACAAUUUGGGAUCCGUUCCUAUCAAUGCAAAGUGAUAACCCCUCUGCAAUGUGCCUCUUCGACUGAAGCAUCCUUAAAUGACUGGCCAGGACGAAGGCCGAAAACCCAGCAGCAGAGAGGAGAGCUAUUACUGGUGGAGGAAGAAGAGGUGUUUGUAGCGACGUAG